UUCGCACGCAACAAUGAAUCGUUUCUCGAUCAUCGUUCUUUUGUGCCUUUACACUACUUUCAAAAUCGCUGAAAAUCAAAUCAUACUUACUUGCACGGAGAUAGGUUUUUUCGAGAUCAACGAUGGAACUUGCAGAAAUUACUAUAUGUGUGUGAAUAACGGUGUAAAUUUCAAUCAAGUGUUAUUGUCAUGCGCCAGUACUUUCAUAUUCGAUCCUACUCAGGGUAGAUGCGUGUCUGAAAGCACAACUACGUGCCAACAAACAACAACAUCAUCGACAACGACACCAUCGACAACCACCUCAGCACCACUCUGUGUUAAAUACGGCAGAUUCCCAAUACAAGAUGUAAACUGUAAGAGUUAUUAUUUGUGCUACUGGAACGGCACCAAUUACACCAUAAUGGAUAAUCUCUCGUGCCCGAAUACGCUGAUAUUCAAUCCAACAUCAGAAAAAUGUGUAUCGCCAUUGACAUUCACAUGUCCAGGGACGUAA